AUACCUUCUGCCUAAGAAGAAAAAUCUUAACAUGACAAGAACUAACAAAGCUGCAUACAAGAAACAUCAGUGGUCAGGUGGAAAAAGGAAACGGCGUCAAGUCCAAGCUGCCUUACAACACCAUUAUGGCACCAAUUCAAGAAACGUGGCUUGGCGUAAUGUUCAAAUGAAUAACCCAUCUGACGUCACGAUGUGUGACGAUCCGUCAAAUGCCCAAACGGUGAUAAAUAAUGGUUCAACUAAUGCUGAGUUUGUCACAAACGACUGGAUAUAGUUGGCACAAACAAGCAUGGCUUAAAACCUCCAGCCAUAAUAUUGGCCAACAUUUCCAACUUUACAUAAAAAGGAAAGAACUUAUCCGGAUGCGACGCCAAAGAUGUCCAAGGACGCGCAAUUUUAAACCUACUGUCAUUAAACCCGACAAAGACUAUGGUCCCAAAGCAUGCGAUCCUGUUGACUUGAGUCGAGAAGAUAUAAAAAGAAUAGGGCAAGAAAAGCUUAUGGAACUGCAAGUGACACCCGACCAAAUCGCUGAAAUAGAGCAACAAACUAAAGAUCAGCAUGAUAACGAACUCUACAACGUGAUCAGGAGUGAUAGAUUGACUGCAAGCCAAUUCGGGAUGGUAUGCAAACGACGAAAUAAAACUCCUUGCCACAAUCACGUGAAACAAAUUUUGUAUAAAAACAAUAUUUUAACAUCUGAUAUGAAAUACGGGCAGCAUAACGAAGCUGUUGCAAGGACUCUUUUUGAAACCACAACGAAUAAAAAAGUGGAACGUGCGGGUUUAUUUAUUGAUAAACAAUACGGAUUCCUAGGCGCAAGUCCAGAUGGUAUCAUUAUUGAUGAGAAUGCUCUACUUGAAAUAAAAUGCUUUCCAUCACUGAAAAGAAGCCAAGAAAGCAUUGAAACCGCGGCUGAAAGCCGCGGAAAUAAGUUUUGCUUGAAAUAUAAUAAGGAAGGUAAAUUGGUUAUGAACACAAACCAUAAUUAUUAUUACCAGGUGCAAGGACAACUGCGUAUUGCUGACAUGGCAAAAUGUUAUUUUGUCUGUUUUAUUGACCCUGGGAUAAAUAUGACUAUAAUCGAAGUAGACCGAGACGAGGACUUUAUACACAAUAUGAUACCAAAACUCGUAUCUUUUUACAAGAACUGCAUCGUCCCCGAGCUCAUUCUGCGAAGAGUUCCAAAAAACCAAAAAUGCGUCGAAAUUUCAGACUUGCCUGGUACGUUACAGAUUUAUUUACGAUUUACCCAGGAUGGAACAGAGGUGGUAUAUUUAUUCAAAGUGUAGUUGAAUUGUUGUUUUUGUACACAAAUUGUAUAUCCGUUUGCCUGAUUCAGUCCUAGAUAUAUACUUCUUACUUUUAGUUCAUCUGAUGUUGGAGCCAGGAGGUUGAUUUGCUAACUCAAUCUACUAGAGUUCAAUUUGUUCAAAAAGUCCUUCACAUUAUCUUUAGCAUAGUCAACGAUGGAACUAUAAAGAAAGAGAGAAAUUGGGCGUCUUUUGUUGUUUUACAGAAUUAAUAUAAUAUUCAUUCCUAUGUAUAGUUAUCAUUAUUUAAAUGAACUCAACACGGGAUGAGCUGUGGUUAAAGUAUAAUUUGUGUUAAUUUAUAGUCAAUAAUUAGUUUUUGGUAAAAAAAUAACAUUUUUGGUUUGGUAUAUGUUAUUAUCAAUGACUGCAGUUUUCUUUCCAUAGGCAACAAACAACAACAUUCAGACAAAUCAAAUAAUCCCAAACACAAUUAGCUUGCGUUGUUUUAUCACAGAGUUCCCAUAGACACCUUCUGUGUUCAUCAUCAAAUCAGCUCUAUGUCAUAAUAAUAUUGCAUAUUGUCAUUGUAUUAUGAGUGCAAAAUAUCAACUCAAUCGGAAAUCGGCUAGUAAGCCUUAUUUAGCUUCCAAAAUUUGACCUACACUAACAUACAUACUUAUGGCGUUAUUCAUAAAUAUAGGUAUUCAUAAAACAUUUAAUUUCAAGUACUUUUAACUAUUGUAAUUUCGACUAGAUUUUUUAAACUUUUUUAUCCUUUCCUAUAAUCAAUUAUGAUCGUUUUUAGCUGAUCAUCAAAAACAAUAAACGUCGGACAACGGACAGUUCACGUCACGUCAUCCCUGUAAAGAUGAAAAAAAAAUAGUAUAGUAUUUGUAAAUAUAUACUCAUGUACAUAGUAAAAUCAUGUUGUUUAAUUGAUAGUGCCUACAAAAAGAAAAUACGUUUAUUUCCAUUAUUUCACUAUGUUGUGAAAGUUAUGAUUAAACAUUACCUAGGCCCUAAAAUGAAUAAAGUUUGGAAUAAUGUUUCGCCCUGAAAACUCUGAAAUACAUGCUAACUAGCAUGUGAUAUGUAUAAUGAUUAUAAUGAAUGAUUGAUUUAUUUGAGGAAUAUAAUUUUAAUUUAGUUUUAUUGGUAAUAUAAAACUAAAUUAAAAUUAUAUUUUAUCAAUUUGAUUAGCUGACUGAUGCACGGAUCUAAAAUGUAUGCGAAGAACCGCGGAUUCGGAUCCAGAUCCGGAUAAUUUCAUACAUUUCGGAUCCGGAUUGCAAACCCUAUGUGCGGACAACCAAUCUGUCCGUAUUUUAUUUACUGUAAGCUUAUUUUUAGGGUUCCGUACCUCAAAAGGAAAAAAAAGAACCCUUAUAGGAUCACUCGUGCGUCUGUCUGUCUGUCUAUCUAUCUGUCUGUCUGGCUGUCCGUCUGUCACAGCCGAUUUUCUCCGGAACUACUGAACCAAUUAAUUUGAAAUUACUACUGAUUCUAAAAUUUUUGAAAAACUACAUAAAAUAAAUGAUGUGUUAAAAAUUGGGUAUCGUCUUGGGUCGUCCCAUUCGUUUUUCGUCAAGUUCUUAAAUUAGUCCUAUUCUGCUUUCGUCACUCAUUCUUCAUUGAUCACAAUCGUCGGUGGCUUUCAAUGUAGAAUGAGUGACGAAAGCAGAAUAGGACUAAUUUAAGAACUUGACGAAAAACGAAUGGGACCACCCAAGACGAUACCAAAAAUUGUGUUAUAUACGAAACCAGGAACGCGAGUCCGACUCGCACUUGGCCGGUUUUUUUUUGUUGCUAUUUUUCCAUACAUCAUUCCGAAUCCAAUGAGGUACCUUAUGUCACACGUAUUUUUAGGAUUAGUAAGUAUCUCUAAUUUUCACCAUUUUAAACUUGACGACGAAACUACACUCUGCGUGUACACGGUGGCUAAAAAAUAACUGCAUUCCCGUUGCCAGGGAGGUUUUGGAUUUACACUGAGCAACUUUUGCGAAGUAAAAAUUUACCCUUCCAUAGAAAAUGGACCAGCCAAAAUGUUUGAAACAGCAAAUUUUUUUUUUUCACGAUUUCGUGGUUGGUUCCAUAGUAAAAGUAGUUCAGUAUAAUCCCAAAACCUCUCUGGCAACGGGAAUGCAGAUAUUUUUAAGCCACCCUGUAUAUGUACUGGAAAUAGAUAAGAAUGGGUAUCUUUGGCUAGGCACUCAGUUUUGCACCGUAGCGAACGAAACUCUAAGUCUCUCUGUCGCACUAAUUAGAUGAGUGAUAGAGAGAGAUAACCGUUUCGUUCGCUACGGCGCAAAUGAUUGGCACCUUAGCUAGGCCCUUUGGAGAUCUAAGAACUGUGUAUAUUCGGAAAAUACGACCAUAGUGGUUAUCCCGAGCGGACAUCCCAUUUGCCGCACUCGCUAAGCGGAUGGAAUGAAGCAAUUGCUUUAAAGCUUGCAUUAUGUAGGUACUCUCUCCUAAACUACCUACUAAAGCAUGAAUAUUUCAGUUCUGCAUUGAAAUUCAACUUUGGAUCCAUGGACAUUCUUUUAUUCUAGUUAAAACCGUCAGUGUGCUCCAUAAGUUCCACUACGUCACGUAUUUUAGUACUUCAAGCUUACAAACGUGCAUGAUGUACCUACUUAGUGGAAUCUACAAGUUCUAUACAAAUGUGGCUUUCCAUCAGACAAUGGUCCUUUUUUAUCAGGAGUUCUGUUGAAAAGGACCAUAUUGCACUUGAAGCCUAAGGAUUAUGUGAUGGAAAGCCACAAAUAUUUGGAACACUUUUUUAGCAUCAGGAUUGAAUAUAGGUACCUACUAGUGAUUUUGAGUUGGAAGAACCAGAUUAAAAAGAUUAGGAUCUGUGAGGCUCAGGUCUUAAAUUUUUUUUCGAAAAAAGCUCUUUUGGACCAUUAUGACGCAUGCUCCUUUGCGGCAUGAAAAAACGCAUUGUAGAAAGUAUGUUUCAGUGACCCUUGAAAUUUUUAAUUUUGAAUGUAAGUAGGUAGUUAGAAUCGGACCAAGCUAACGCCUGAGCCACGAGCCACGAAACGCACGCUACGUGCGUGCAUAUGUAAGUAUUGCGUAGGUAAUGUAUGGCACUCGAUGACAACGUCUAGCAAAAAGAAAUAAGUAAAGGUCUGUCUAAGAUCUGCAUACAGUUACGAAUUUAUCGUAUGGGCCCCUACAAAUCUCACAGAUAAUUGCAUGUGAUUUGCGUUACAUUCUACGAUUUAUUGCAAGGUACCUAUGUAGUAUGUACUUAUAUGGAAUACACCGUCCGUGACCAUAGACAAUCCGCCCAUUUUGAUGCUAAAUUCAGCUCGUCUGGUUGCGCCUUUACCAUAAAUUAAUCUUGCUAAAAAUUCGUCUCCUACACUGCGCCAUCUAGUUUAAAGUAUUGUCCCUAGUUAGCUAAUGAAAGUAAUAAGAGAAAAGCCACUUUCUGUACUAGCGACCUCUAGUCUAUUUUGGCGUAAUAGUAAUACGACUGACACCUGGUGAAUGACAGUACGUAUGGUAGUGUGCGUGAAUGUAAGAAAUUGCAAUAUUUUGCAGUUUAUACAGAUUUUUGAUGAAAUUUACAGACUGUUGAGUUAAAAUAUUUCGAUUUAGACGUCAUAUUUUUUGUUGUCGUCGCCAGAUAUCAACAUGUCUUAAAAAUGUUUGAGUUUUGGAAACGAUAGUGAUAAUUCGAAAAUUGUGCACAGUCACGCCAUCUUUUGGCGGUUAG